UCAUUUUCCUCUCAAAGUGUGCCGAACACGAUUUUCGAAACUUUGUAAGAACCCUUUUGACUGAAUCAUUCUUCUCAUAAUGUGAAGUACUGAACGUACGAAGUACUGUAACAAGUACGAAACCUUCUGUUCUGUCUUUGGCGUUCGAGGACUUGACCGACAGAGAGAAUAUCGUCGCACGAGUACGUACUCGUAUCACAGCCGAAAAGUUGACUCCUUUGGCCAUUCGGUACAAAAAGGCACCAUGAAGAUUCAUUCUCAAGCCGCCUUUGUUGGCAAUCUUGGAGAUCGCCAACAUGGCACGAAACGCCAGAGGCAACGGUUGCCCCCCUUUUCGUCGCGAACUAUGGGAGCCCAGACGGAUCUGUUUCUUUCGCCGGCGGGAGACUAUUCGAUUUCCACAACUCCCACUACCGUGCCCAUUGCCAAUUUCGAUACCUCUAGCGAUUUCGAACCCAUUGUCUUUGAACCGAUUCUGAACGUGCCGGCCCUGGUGACGUUUGUCUCGAUCAUGGCCGUCUUCUCGGCUCUGAUACUGCGGACCAACCAGGUGGAGGACGCAGUUCAGGAACGCAAGCGGCGCCAGGAAGAGGUCCGCGACCUAAAGGCAAGGGAGGUCGGUGAGGGCACAGUGGCCCCCGAACAAAUAGAGCAAACCCUACGACUGUACGAAGACGCCGUCCGGAAGGAAGAGCGGCUCCGAAACAUUCUGCCGGGGGUCCGGAUCGUCCCGCCGAGCUCCAGCGAUCGACGGGAGGAGGAGGCGCAGGCGAUUGCCAAGCAGUACCUUGGAGAGGAUUUCAACAUUGGUGUGCCCAAGAGGUACAACGAGAAAAUCGAGGACACCGAGGGCGGGGGUGGCUUGCCCGGUGCCGCCAUCGGAGUCCUCGCCGUGGUAGCUCUCAGCCAGGUAGGCCUUCUCGCCUUUUUCAAUUUCGGUGCCGAUCCCAUGAGUGGCAAUGGUGCCCUGAUGUAGGACGAAAUACAGGAUUGUCUUCCGGAUUGCUCCCUUCGAAUUCGUUAGAUACUAGAUUCUAUUUUAUGCUAUUCUCGAAAAAAUCUUUUUCAACCGC